AUGUCGUUAAGCCAGGAAUAUGACUCUAUAUUGGAAAUCUACCUAGGAAAAGUGGAACAUACUUCCUUGAGGCAGGACUCUUCCGAGUACCAGGCCCUACUGGCCUCGCUAAUCGAAAGACUGCUGCGUCUCAAGACAACGAUACACACGACACUAGCUCUGUUCAGUGCAAACGAAUCAAUCGAGGAUAUUCCGACAAGCUCAAUAAAGUUUCUUGGCAUAGACUACUACCUCGCUCAGAUGUGCUCCAGGAAACAGACGACAAGUGCCCAGAUAAGCGAUCCUUUGCAGAGAAAUAAGAUGAAGCUUAAGUUUCUGGAUAAAUCCGUGCAGUUAUUCAUGCAAUUUAUCCAUAGCCUGCAGGAUGUUGAGAUCUUAGACCAAUUUCUAGUGAAGAAGAUCGAAUCUUUCGAAAAUAGCUACAGGCCUACUUUGCAAGAAUUCAGCGCUCAGCCAGCCCACAAAGACGACCUCUCUGGUGCCCAACUCAAGAGGCAACAAAAGAUUGAGAGCUAUCGUCAAGCAAAGCAAACCGCUGAGCUUUUAGAUAGCCUUGAGGACAAAUAUAAGCAGAAAGACGAAACGCAGGAUGACGAUAAGGACGAGCUACUGCGUGAGCUGAGCUUGCAGAGAUUAAAGCAUCUAUCGUACUCAGCCAUAAAUGCAGUCGAGCAGAUUUUAUAUGAAAUCGAGCUCCUAACGAAUUUCACCAAGAUUUCACCACCGCCAGCGGAACCAAGCCAGCAGAAAGGCCAAAAACAGGAACAGAACGGGUUUACUGACAAGCUAGAGACACUCAAUCGACCUCUGUUGUCCAAAGAGGGCAAAGUUUUAAGAAAUUUCACAUUGGUUGACAAGAGGACAGAACUGCAAAGCAAAGUACGUGGAUAUGGACAGUAUGGCCCAACAAUGUCAGUUGAGGAGUUUUUAGCAAAAGAGUGGGAGGAAGGAAGGGUCCUCCAGGGCGGGGAGCCGGAGCCAAAAGAUGAUGGGAAUGAAGACAGUGAGAAAUGGCAAGAUGAGCAAACUUAUAAAGCGCGCUACUGGGACGAAUUCAAGGAAGCAAAUCCAAAAGGCAGUGGGAAUACAAUCAAUAGAGGAUGA